AUGACUAUCAUUUUGGCCCCUUACGGAAUAAUGGCUGAUCUAGUGGGGCUUGCUCAAUCAGAAAAAAGUGAAGAAGAGCUAGUGGAAGAAUUCGAAACGUGGUCUAGUUUCUAUCCCAUUCGGGCGCAAUGCGAACAAGUUACAGACAUGAAUGAGCCCAAACAACCGUUUUGCGUGCGAACUUCACAAGAUGCACAUGGGAUUCGAAACGCGGGCAACCAAAGGUAUACCAAAAGCUCAGCGGAUAAGCGACCCAGUGUUACUGAGAGUUCAAAUGAACCGACACAAUCGCGUCCCAUUUUUGUUGACGUACUUAUCGGUGGAUUCCGGGUACGUUAUCCAUUCUGCUAUGUGCUACUUCCCGAGCCCAUCAAUGACCUUAAAAUCUGGGACGGUGAUAAGUCGUUCACCUGCGACGGUUCUUCGAACCCGCAACCGUCAUCGUGCUGUUCGCAAUCCGUACGAGUGUCCACUUUACCUGCGUCCAACGAGCCGUCUGUUACUGAAUCAUCUUUAUGGCGAUUGAAGAAACGAGAAUCUCGUCCAACCUUCCGACCACGAUCAGCUGAAGCACUUCAAGAUCACUUACUGUUUGGCAAUGCUACGUUACAUUCGGAUCUUUCAUUUGAUGUACGCCGUAUUUUCUUGGCCGAAAGAGUAUUGGAGCGAUCUUCCCAAUGCAUUUUGUCAUUUACACCACAAAGUUCGAAAGAAAUAACCGCAAAAUGUCCAAUCUUCGCGCGUACUGGAACAUUUGAUGAUGGGAGUUCUUAUCUUCGCGAGUCAGAACACGGGAGGUAUGAUCUAUCAGAAUCGUAUGUAUGGAGCGCACAGAAUCCCAGUGCCAAAUGUGAUNGUCCAGAGCGAGGCACAUCCAGACGAUCCUUGGUUUCUUUCCAUCAAAGUGAAAAUGUCACCAGACAAACUUUGAGAAAUUUGGUUCACGAAAUCGACUCGUUUUGUGAACGAACACAAAGCCCUAAUACGCCAAUUCCAGCAUUUUCCAUUCCCCACGAUCCUUCCAUGCCUACUCUGAGCCCACAACAGCCCACUUCGAGUUCCACUUCAACAGCCAUUCCUAAUGCGGCAGGGAAUUGCCAAGAUAAAUCAUCCGGCGAGCAGCAGACCAAUUCGGACCAUAUUUUGCAACCUCUAACUUCCGGGGCUGCUGGCCCAUCUGCUGGGAUCGCUGCUUCGCCUUCUCUACCAUUGAUUUCCGCUUCUGGAACAAUGGAGUGCAACACACCUAAUCCCAUUCUGGCGUCUUUACCCACAUCAACACUCCCAAAUGGCCUUAUUUCCGUCGAGCGUCACGGUUCCUCUAGUCCUGCUAACCAAACCAUGAAAUCUGCACCCCAGUCUUCUCUAUCUGUUGUACGGAAAUCCAUCCCGAAUUCAUGGCUGACAGAGUUGGCAACACGCGCCAAUCGGGUCGUAUCUUCUGAAAUUUUGAAAAGACCAGCAUUGUGUUUGUCAUCUGUCGACGCACAGGACUGUGAGCAGACGUGCCUCUCGGAUUCCUUGUUCCCUUCCGUUCUAAAACCUUUUUCUCCGCAGGGAAAUUUGGAGUUGUCGGAGGAUCCACCGCUUGACGAAAACUACGUGACAAAGGCCAAACGUGCACGACUUGUGGCCAAUGGACCCAACAUCAAUGAUCCAUUCUCGUUCAGUCAAUACGACAACUACUCACAAGGUAUCAUGGACCAUACCCAAAUAACAGACCUUCAGUUUGAUCACGUUCCCGUGACACCUGAUACGCCCCUUGAUGCCACGGAUUUGUGUGACGAUUUCGAAAGCGGUAAUAGUGCCGGUGAUCUAAUGCCUUUCUCAAGCUCGUCCAUGACAAGUGUCGCCAAUUUAAACAAUAACAGUAUUUUAGGAAGAACCUUGGUUUUAUUGCCGCCGAGUUUAGAUGCUUCGGAACAACUGUGUCUCCAGCAAGAUCGUGAUUUCUUGAAAGGUGUAAGCCUUGCUAGCAGCACUGGAUCGGGACACAUUGGACCAGCCGAAUUAGCCCUGAUGCUUCCUACUCCGCCAUCUCACGACGCUCCUCAACCGAGUCCGGUAGAUGGUGUCGUUACCAUCUCUGCCUCUACCCCCGCAUCCGGACCCAAAGGUUCAAUUGUUAAAACAGACUCACCCGUGGGUCAUCAUUUUGAAUCAUCCGUUCCAUGUACUACGGACCAGUCUGCAAAUACCGGACAUAUACCGUACUCUUGGUCACAGUCUCAUCUUCAAGCGAAUCAGACUUUAUUAUGUCUUGCCAAACAACCUUGUGCUUUCAGCUUUAAUUUUUCAGCUCUUGAUCCGGAUCAGGAUUGGUCUUUCUCUUAUCCUUGUGUGGCAUAUCAAGGUAUGAGCAACAAUUCCAAUAGACAAGAAAUGGAUUUGAGUGCAUUUAAAAAAACGCUUCCACAUUUGUCGUUCGCGUUCGAUCAUCGUAUAUUGAGCACUACCCCCAAGUCGAUGUCAUCGGAUUCAGUAACUGUUCCGGUUUCACUACUAAGUCCCGAACAGAGCAAUACAAUCAGCUGCACCGUUCCUGGCCAGCGACCCACUGGUUUAUUGUCUCCAAUGGUCGGCUGCGGUCCGACUCCACAACCCACUCACCGUGAGGGUUGUUUGACUGAGCAGAAAGUUCCCUCUCCUUCCCAAACGAGCUGGCCUCCAACUAACACGGUCCUCUCCAAGGCAGUCAGUCUUCCGUGUGUGUCCGACAGCGAUGCUGUCGCUAGCUCUUCGCCAAAUCGCGAAGAACUUGCUGAGCGUCUCCUUGGUGUCACAGAAGCUGAUGGCCUUUUGGUAAACAUAAUGCUCUCAGAUUCCAUGCUGAAUUUGUUCAAGGAUCAUAAUUUUGACUCGUGUAACAUAUGCGAGUGCACUUCCUCUGUUCUGGGUUCCGAAAUUGAUGUUUACCUGUGUAACCCAACGUCGACUUCAAAUGGCUCUAACUCCAAAGCUCCGCGAACGUCCACUAGUGGUAUGGGAAGCACAGGCGGCGCCGGUUCUGUGAAUGCAUUCGGAACACAUGAUCUAGUUGGCGCAUCUGGGUUCGGUUUCACUCGCGAUUGCAAGUGUGGUUUUAGUGCAGUGAUGAAUCAGAAGUUCGUGGUGAACGGCAAUCUAUUCUUUGAAGAUGAGAUAGAAGUGACAAAUUUAUCAGUCCGAACGGAGCGAGAUUCAGUGCGUUCCAACUACUCCGUUGUUCCCACCUAUCGCCAGUCACCUGGCUGGUGGAACUUUGCUUCUGCACAAACUCCUUUACCUCUCCUGCAAGAGAUAUUCCGCAGCGUGCAUGAUGAAUUUGCAGUUCGGCAUCUAUCAGACUAUCUCCGUCGCUGUAACUUGCCAUCUCCGUUUACUGUGGUAAAGGAAAAUAUGCUGGAAUACGAUGAUGCUUGCGCUUUGGUAUCGGCUGCCCUCGAGGAAGCUAGUUCAGUACGGGGGCAAACUACGGUCGACUCGGCGGAGCGCCGCAUAUUAAUCCAUCCGUCCUACAUGCUCAAAGGGCAGUCUCGGAUCCCAGAGAACCACAACGAUCAAAUUCGGUUGCUUACUACAAUGCGGCCCUGGUUGCAAGAGGCCAUAUCCUCCACUCGUUUACUGGAAUCAAAUUACACUGUUGAUGGUCCUUUAACGUGGAAGGCAUUCCACCAGUUGGCUGGUCGUGGAACGGAUGAAACUUGUAAACCUCAGCCGGUCCCUCAAAUCCGUGUGUGUAGUUCUGAUAAGGAACACCUCUUGAUAUCUCCAUUUGCGCUCCGGGAUUGGGACCGAUUAUCUCUGGCACCGUUGUCACGUCCUAAGCAAUUGUUUUACGCGGUCGUGAUCCCGUUGGAGUUGGAGGAGACGAACGAAAAUGACCAUAAAUUCAACUUGGCGAUUCCGGAUCAGAAAGACAACGUUUCCGGCAGUACAGGACAUUUGCAUUCCGAAGCGAAUGUUCGAGAGGCCGUUACAAAAACCGAAGGAAAGAAGCGGAUCACUAGUUGUUUGUCACGUUUCUUCCUCGAACUAUCACACACAUACGAAAAUUGUAAGCUGGGACAUCACGUGCCCUUCCAUAAACCGAACAUGAACCGCCCGGAAACCGCGUUCAUUCCAGUUUAUCCCCGUGAGGACGAAUCCGUUGUUUGUGACUCUACUCGGAACUCAGUUAUUCCGGUGGACUUAUUUCGCACCUUGGUCCAUCAGUUACAAGGCCAAUACUGCAGUCCCGAAGUAUUGCUAACCAAGUUGCAGAAUUACAUAACAGCUGCCGCCAGCUGCACUCUGAAUGUUCUCAGAGAACGGGGUGUUAAUGUCACACCAGAUAACUCGUCACAUCAGGUGACUGUUGCUUGCCCUCUCCAGCCGACGGAACUUUUCCCCAAAUCAGCCACUCACUGGACCGGCAAAAGAGAGGAAAUCAAGCGAGAGGUAGACAAAGUGACUUCGGACUCAAAAACAAAAGUUCGGUUCGAUCGUCAACGGACAGGAUCUACCCGAGGUCAUUCUUCCAUCAGUCCUUGCAACGGCCAAGGCUCGAUGACCACAUCUUUAGAUACGUCUUCUUGGAAUAAAACAAGUGACGCAUAUCUUGUUAUCUACCUGGUGAACCCUUUCUCUCAAACUUGUGUNGCGCAAGACAUCCUAUCGUCACUGCCGUCUUCUUGGCGUCCACGUGUAACUAUAAAAUUAUUACCCUUGGAUCACGUGACCACUGAUUAUCUACCCCAUUUACGUUCAAUGGCAUUGGCCAUAUACUCCUCGGUGAACCGCUUCAUUGAACCCACUCUGCUCAAUGCUAACCGUACGCUGACAGGCAUAGGGCCUGCUGCCGAGAAAGAGUUAAUUUCCAACGAAAAAGAGGGUUUUCACAAGCGGUCCAUCUACGCACCGGCUUACACACUUGUUGGACCUCAGGAUUCGUUGGCUCAUGCUGAUGUACCUCCGGACUCGGUCGAACGUUCCUCUGUGCUGUUUGUUGCCUACUGCCUCUCUCAGGAUCAACAAUGGCUUUUGGCCAGCUUCACAGAUGAACAAGGCAGCUUGCUUGAUCAAACCUUUAUCAAUAUUUCUGUGCCGUCCAGUUAUUUCACAGAUUUAGAGCUGCACAAAUCCCAAUGGUCCAAUCACGACCGGCAUUAUCCUAGUCCACGCCGAAUCGGUUUGGCCCUUUUGUGGGAUUAUAUGAUUAAUCUUCUCAGUCGAACGUCAAAUCCUUGGCGAGUCGUGAUUGGUCGAAUAGGAAGGUUAGGCCACGGUGAGCUGAAAGGAUGGAACGGGCUUCUGGGUCGCAAGAGUCUUCAAGAUGUUAACAAGUUUUUCCGCGAGCAGUGUGCAGCUUGCAGUGCAUCCGCUACUAUUCCAGCCUCAUUGUCCGGCAACGGAACUCGUGCAACACUCAAUCUGGUUAAUAGUUCAAGUGGUGCAAAUAGCUGCACGCAUGAAUUACCUUGUCUAGUCAGUGCCUGUUUGGUCUCCCUAGAGCCACAGAGCACUUUCCGUGUUUACCCUGGUGUCGGGGUCGGAUCCAGUGAGUCAUGGGGUGGAGGAGGGAUCGGUGGUGGAGGUGGAGGUGGCGGUUCUGGAAGUGGCGGCGGCGGUGCUACUGGUGGGGGAGGCGGUAGCGGUGGUCCUGGAGGAGCAUUUUGCGGUGUCUCACCAUCACCUUUCAUGACUCGAACGAUGAUGAUGGUUGGAAACAGCACGAGCGCCAGUGAUAUCCCUACUACGACGCACAUCCUUGUUUUCCCUACGAGUACCUCAGCCAGUGGACAUUCUGAACACGAUGCGUCAGCAUUAGCGGACGUCAUCUCCGGAAUGGGCCAGGAUGACAUGAACGUCUUCGAGUGGCUGCGCUCUGGCAACACUGAAUUGGGCGAUUUGGAUGCUCAUGGGAAUGCGGCCAUGCUAGAUGCACUAGACAAUCCGGCUGGACUCGACUUUAACCUUGCCGGUUUGAGUGCUGCCGUUGGGGGUGCGGUAGUCAGUGACACUCCUGGCAGUCGUUCUGGUGGUUGCCAUGGUUUGGGCGAUCCUGGAGAUCAUGUCCUUGAUCAGGUUGAUUAUUCCCGUGGCUAUGAUCGGGUUUCUGAUGUAGUGGGUAUGCACAGUUUGGCCAGCAACGUGAUGGAUUUAGCUGGGGGCAUGUGCAAUGGUCUUUCGGGGCCUGGAGGCCGAUUUGGAGGACGUGUAGACGAUCCAUCUCUUCCAUCCAGUCUUCUGAAUACUAUGCCAUUUGGAGCGCACGAUCCCCCGGUAUGCAUUUUUGAUAUGGACGAGGUUACCAAUCUCAUGCAGCAACCGUUGGCUAUGGGAUACUAUAUUUCCACAGCACCAACUGGACCGCUUCCCUCUUGGUUCUGGGCCGCUUGUCCCCACGCAAGUUUUCAGUAUCCAGUCUGCCUGAAAUCCGCACUUCAUAUCCAAACAAGUUUGGUUGGCAUGGAUGAUGCUGCCGCAGUUGCUGCUGUUGGUGGUGCUGUUCCAACCGUGAACUCGGGCCCUGGAGGUACUGGAGUGGCAGGUUCCGAUCGAUUAGCACACUUACUUGAUUCCACUAGUACAUGCGAUGUUCUGCGCUAUGUAUUGGAAUCGUAUAAUGCUCUGUCCUGGCUUACAGUCAAUCCAAUCACAAACGAUCGACGCUCAUGUUUGCCCAUCCAUGUGCUUCUCCUGUGCCAAUUGUAUCAGGCUUUGGAAGCAUUCAUGUGA